AUGGAGGCCAGUAAUAAUGAAUGCGACAUUGCUUCUAGUUUAUUGCCUUCUCAACAAUCGAACAGGGCCUAUCAGGAACACACUUGGUUCAUGAACAACACGCUCCUCAAUCACCAUCAACAGACUCUUUCCAAUGUAAAUCCCAAUGCUUGGCCGCAACUGAAUUUCGAAACCGGCCCUUGGAGCGGCCUUGAUUACUGGACGCCUACGAAUUCGGCCAACGGCGCCACAGAAGUGCUGUUUAAUCUCGCGGGUGAGAAUCCUCUGGUUGACAGCAUGGACCAAGAGCCAACGCACAGUGUAGCAGAACCUUCUGCGCCACUCCCCCGCGAGAAGACCAACUCAUCGGCGAAGACAAAUACUCAACGCCUCGCGACAUCGAACCGCACUCGGGCAAAGACAGAAUGCUUUCUGUGCCAUGCCGUCCUCUCACGACCCGAUGCCCUAACUCGACAUCUGAGAGAGAUGCACAAUGAAAGUCCUCCAGAGUUCUUCUGUCCUAACGAUUCCUGCAAAUGGUCCGAGUCCGGGAAAGGAUUCCCUCGAUCGGACAAGCUGCAACGGCAUCUCAAGACUUGCAAGUUCAACAGCCGACUGCAGGAUGACAAAGCAGCUGGGCUGUCGCCCGUGGGCUUUUUGCCAAGCUCUGCUGCAGGACUCAUCGCGAUAACCCACGAGUUGGAGGAUGAGAAGAGAAAGCUUAAGGCGCUGGAUCAGGCUUGUGAGAAGUCAAGGAAGGUAAUUGCACAUCUGAGUGCAGUCCAUGAAUACCUCGACGUGAAGCAAGCUACACUAAGUCCUGCUGCUGGUGAUCAUGACGUGGUCUUUGCAGACCCUAGCAUACACGGAUGA